AUGAGAAGUCGCGAUGCUCGGAGCAAGCCGGACAUCACCGCCACAGAAGGCCCGGGCAAAGACUCACAACCGGCGAAACGAAGAUCUCACCUCCACAUCAUCGCAACAUGCUUCCUGAUAUUAUGCAUCGCCGGAGUCUUGGUUACGCUGCUGCAAUGGACAACCGCGGACCAUCUUGUAUUUUCAUUUGGCAAGACUUCCACUCCAUCAACGGACAACAUCCACCCGUCUCGACUACACCCACAGGAUCACAUCUCCCGCCGAGCAACAACCAUCCGACAGAAAUGGAAAGUCACCUCCGGCGACCUACGCCCAGACGGCGUUCUGAAGCGUGUCUACCUCAUCAACGACGCCUUCCCUGGCCCAACACUAGAAUGUCGCUGUGGUGACCGGCUGAUCAUCGAAGUCGAAAAUGCCCUCGACGAUGAAGGCCUAUCGUUCCACUGGCACGGCCUGUCAAUGCGAGGGGCCAACGAAAUGGACGGAGCAGUGGGCAUUACCAACGACCCGAUACCCGUCAACGGAUCCUUCAUCUACGAUUUUAGAGUGGAAGACGGCCAAAGCGGGACAUUCUGGUAUCAUUCUCACAACCAUCUACAACGAGCCGAAGGCUUGUAUGGAGGCUUGAUUGUGCACAAACCCAAGCCAUGGUGGGAGAGCAGAGACGAAGCCGCAGAGCAUCUGGUCAUGCUUGGAGACUGGUACCAUCGCACAGCCGGCGAGGCGUUGAAGUUCUUUUCGCAUCCGGGCGCUUUUGGGAAUGAGGCUGUUCCGGAUAGCAUUCUUGUCAACGGACAUGGAGCUUACAACUGCUCUGAUGCUGUUGCUGCGAGGCCUGUCGACUGUCUCGACUACACAUCCGAUGAGCGCCUGGCGUUGGAGCUCGACUCGAAGAAGCGAAACAUCUUGCGCGUGGUCAAUGUUGGCUCGUACGCUGGAGCUGGAAUAUCUUCUUCUCAUUUCCACUUCACACCGAUCGGAGUCGAUGGCGGGAAUCGAGUGGAGGAAUUAACAGCCAAAAGCAUGCAGUUCUUGCAACCGGGCGAGCGAGUCGAUGUGCAGAUUGAGUCAAGUGGACAACGCACCGCAGGCCCAUCAAGUCUGGAGGUAUUCCUGGAAACGGCCCCAUUCAAAUAUCCCAACUCUGCUUUGACGCCUUUGCAUACAUUUGCAAUAGCAGGCACACCACCCGCCUCCAAAGCGCAAGCACAAGCACAAGACAGCGUCGACUUGCAAGCGCUGCGCGCAGCAGCACCUCAUGCCGAAAGACUGCCCUCUCAAGCCGAUCACACCAUAGUCUUGUACGCCAUUACACAAAGACUCGCCCAUCUGAACAACCAGCCCCUAGGUUUCAUCAACUCCACUACCUGGCAACCCCAAGCCUCACCACCCAAACCUCUCGUCUUCUUAGGCCGACCGCAAUGGGACAAACACCAACUCGUCCCGCACAUCCCCUACAAACCUUCCAAGCCCCUGUGGAUCGAUAUCGUCCUCAACAAUCUGGACGAAGAAGGCCAUCCCUUUCACUUGCACGGUCACGAUUUCUGGGUUCUAUCUACAUAUUCAUCGACGUUUAAUUGGGGGAGUUAUAAUCCCUACACUAACACAGAGCCACCAGGAGGGAAGUACAAUCUCGUGAAUCCAGUGAAGAAAGACACUGUGCAUGUCCCGAGACGGGGGUACGCCGUACUUCGACUGCGCGCAGACAAUCCGGGGAUCUGGAUGUUCCAUUGCCACGUAAUGUGGCAUCAAGCAGCAGGGAUGAGCAUGGCCUUUGACAUCAGCCCAGAUAAAUAG